AUGGCUCCCAUAUCUAGAUGUUCCGCUAUAUUUCCGCCGGCCCCAAGGUUCACGGACAACGACCUGCCUUCCCUCGCCGGGAAAGUCUAUAUCGUGACCGGAGGAGCUUCGGGAGUCGGGUACGAGCUGUCAAAGAUCCUAUAUUCCGCGGGAGGGACCGUCUAUAUCGCAGCUCGAUCUGCGGAGCGAUGCAAAGGGGCGAUUGAGAGAGUUCAGAGUGACACCCGCUCACUUCCGCGAAGCAAGGGAGGGAAGUUGGAGAGUAUGGUUGUUGAUCUGUCGGAUCUGAAGACGGUAAAAUAUGCCGCGGAGGAGUUUUUGAAGAAGGAGACUAGGCUGGACGUUUUGGUGCACAAUGCGGCUGUGAUGACGCCACCAGCUGGGAGUAAAGACAGCUUGGGACAUGAUCUUGAGAUUGGCACGAACUGUUUGGCGCCGUAUCUGUUGACUCUCCUACUUGAGCCGGUACUCAUCAACACCGCUGGUGCUCCAGGGACACCUCCAUCGAGCGUUCGAAUUGUCUGGGUUACCUCGUUGCUCCAGGAAGGUACGCCGGCCGGCGGGGUAAAUUUCGACGAAAACGGCACACCAGUUGUGCUGAAGUUCAUGGAUAACUAUAUGCAGAGCAAAGCUGGGUGUGCUUGGUUUGCCGAUAAAUUUGCUCAUCGGUUGGGUGCAAAGGGCAUAUUGAGUGUUAGCCUGCAUCCAGGUUUGAUGCGCACGGAAUUGCAACGACACUGGCCGCUCCCAUUGAGGCUGCUCAUGGGCCUCAUCUUCAAGCCUCCAGUAUACGGAGCAUAUUCCGAACUUUAUGCUAGCUUCUCUCCAGAAGUCAAGUCAAAUCACAACGGUGGACAUCUCAUGGCGUGGGGACGGGUCGCGGAUCUGCCGGCUGACCUUGCCAAGGGCCUCAAGAGCAAGAACGAAGGCGGGAGCGGAAAUGCCGAGAAGUUCUUUGGUUAUUGCGACCGGGAGAUAAAAGCUUUCGUAUAA